UCUACAAGUUUGCGCGCGCUCUUACUCUCGAUUUCCAAUCAUUACUGCCAGUAGCGUGAAGAUGUCUGACGAAUUCAGGCGCGUGUUCACAGCCAUAACUAUCAUAAUAAUCAAUUUGUUAUCAACAUGUGAUUCCGAAUGCAUACUAUCGUUGAAUAAAGAUUUUAACAGUAUAGGACCAGUGUUUAUAAGGAAUGGAAGGUUUUUGGAGACCAACACCAAGAAAGGGGAUGUAACCUUCAACAGAUCUGAGACAGUUCUUGUUUCCUGCCCGAAGAGGAAGAUUGUGCUUGCUAAUCAAACUACAAGUUAUGAUACUCUGGAGGCACAUUGCAUAAUAAACAACACAUUCAGAGUGGACCGAAAGAUCCUCAGUUUCAAGGACAUUCGCUGUAACUCACAUCCCUGGUUCACUUCUCUGGAGAAGAAAGAGACUUGCUACAAUGGACGGACGCAGAUGUACCAAGUUGGUUACCAAGUUCGAAGCACUUUCCACCCGAUAUACGAAGCGUGCUUCGACAAAAACCUAGUGCGAACUCAUUUUGUUCAACAUCGAUUAACUCCGAACAGUGUGUUCCGACAAAAUGGAUUGAAGAGGCCACAGUUUACUGAAGGAAAUCUCUUUGGGAAGACCCGUAUGAAUGAAAUAUACAAAAUGAAUAGCCAGGUAAAGGCUCUGGACGCCAUUUUGGGACCGAACAUGGGGAGUUAUUACUUGAGUAAAAAUCAGUUUCUUUCGCGAGGUCACCUUGCGGCUAACGCGGACUAUGCGACCAGCGCCCUCAUUAGAGCGACCUUCCACUACGUGAACACUGCUCCUCAAUGGAUGAGGGGGAACGCGGGCGACUGGGCUGCGUUAGAGGAGGGUUUAAGACGUCGAGUCCACGAGUUGGGUACUCCAGUGAUGGUGUUCACUGGGACUCAUGGUGUAAUGACUUUACCUGACAAAGAAGGUCGAAUGAAGGAGAUCUUCCUGCAUGCAGAUCUGAAUAAUAAUUUUGAUGUAUCCGUCCCCAUGUACUUUUAUAAGUUGGUGUACGAACCUACGCAGAAGCGGGCAUCGGUGUUUAUAACAAUAAAUUCGUCCUUCUACAAUGACACUGUCACAGACAGUUUAGUUUUCUGCAAUAACACGUGUGACAAGGAUGAUUAUUAUAACAAUUUCAAUUGGUUAAGAUGGCGGUCGAAUGACGGCACGUUUAGUUUCUGUUGCGAUUACGAACAAUUCGUUAGAAAAGUCAAUUAUUUACCUAAACUUGAUGUUCGGGGGAGAUUUUAUUGAAUAAAUAAAGGAAGGAA